AAAAAAAAUGAAGACAAAGAGUUGGCUGUUGCUUGGGAGUUGCGCUACGGACAAUAAAUUACCCUAAAACCCAAUCGUUCUCUCUCGCACCGUCCGACUGUUCCUUACCGUCCGUCGUCCUCGUUUCCGGCGGCCAUAACAGGUGCUAUUCUCUCUUGGAAUGUGUUGGUUUCUCAGCUUCAAGUUAAAGGAAAUAAAUAUAUAUAUUAUUUUUAUUUACCUCUAAAAGAAAGUAUUUUGAGGUGAAUGGAGGAGUGCCCAUCGCAUUACAAUGAAAAUGAUUAUAAAAAGUAUGUGGAUGGUCUUUUUAAUGAAUUUGCAUAUAAGGGAAAUUUUAGGAAGAGUAGUAAUAAUUUGGAAGUAGAGAAGGGGGAUUCUCGUUGUUCUAGGAAGGUGUCGAAAUAUUUUCGGAGGAAAGUUGAAGAACCUAAAUUGGAGCGUCCAAAGAUUGUUUCUCCUUAUUUUCAAAACAAUUGUAGGAAGAAUUUGGACGAUGUUGCAAGUGAGUUUUCAUGUCGAGAAAAUCUUGAGAGUGAAUAUCAAGUAAGAAAAACAUCUGAAGGACUGAAAGAAAAAUUGAACGUGAAGGAUUCUUUUUGCUCUAGAAAGGUCUCAAAAUACUUUCAGAAAAUUGAAGAGCCUAAAGUGGAGUAUCCAAAGAGGGUGUCUCCUUAUUUUCGAAACAAUUGUAGGAAGAGUUUUGAUAACAGAGCUAGAGAAUUUUCAUGUCAGGGGGGAAAUGUUGAGAAUGAAUUUGAAGUACGUAAAAAAUUUAAAGGGGUGGAAGCAAAAUUGAAAGUGGAGGAGGAUUCUUGUUCUAGAAAGGUCUCAAAAUACUUUCAAAAGAGACCUAAAGUUGAAGAGUCCACAGGGAAGUGUCCAUGGUGGAUUCGAGACAACUGUACAAAGAACGUUGAUGAUAUUUUAAGUCAAUGCGUCUAUCAUAAUGGAAGUGUGUCGAGUUUCAGAGAGUGUGAUAAGAAGAGUGAAAAUGAAGGAACUGGAAAAUCUACCGUAACUGAAAAUUUGAAAGUGAAGGAUUCUUUAUGUUCUACAAAGGCCUCGAAAUACUUUCAAAAGAGACCUAAAGUUGAAGAGUCCAAAGGGAAGCGUCCAUGGUGGAUUCGAGACAACUGUACGAAGAACGUUGAUGAUAUUUUAAGUCAAUGUGUAUAUCAUAAUGGAAGUGUGUCGAGUUUCAGAGAGUGUGAUCUGAAGAGUGAAUAUGGAGGAACCGGAAAAUCUACCGUAACUGAAAAUUUGAAAGUAAAGGAUUCUUGUUGUUCUACAAAGGUCUCGAAAUACUUUCAAAAGAGACCUAAAGUUGAAGAGUCCAAAGGGAAACGUCCAUGGUGGAUUCGAGAUAACUGUACAAUGAACUUUGAUGAUAUUUUAAGUCAAUUUGCAUAUCAUAAUGGAAGUGUGCCGAGUUUCAGAGACUGUGUUAAAAAGAGUGAAUAUGAAGGAACUGGAAAAUCUGCAGUAACUGAAAAUUUGAAAGUGUUGGAUUCUUCUUAUUUUGGGAAGAUCUCUGAAUACAUAGCUAAAGUUCAAGAGGCUAAAAUUAAGAGUGAAUCAUUACUUCAAAAGUUAUCUAACAACUCCGUUAGAGAGGGGCAUAAAGUUGAAGAGCUUAAAGUGGAGUCUCCAUCACAUGUUCAAGACAAUUGUAUGAAGAAUUUUGAUGAUUUUGUAAGUCAAUUUCAAUAUUAUGGUGGAAGUGUGUCGAUUUUCAAAGAGUAUGUUACGAAUAGUGAAUAUGAAGGAAUUGGAAAAUCUAAAAAUUUGAAAGUGGAGGAUUCUUCUUGUUUUGUUGGAAUGAUCUCUGAAUACAGAGCUAAAGUUGAAGAGGUUAAAAUUAAGGGUGAAUCAUUACUUCAAAAGUUAUCCAACUUGUUGCCAGAGGGUCUUAACGUUGAAGAGGAUUCUUCAUCUCAAAAGAGACUUAAAGUUGAAAAGCCUAAAAUGAAAUCGAAAAGGAAAACUAAACCUUUUCCAAAGGUUGAGAGAUAUAAGGAGGCUUACAAAAGAAAAACUCCUAAUAAUAAUUGGCUUCCUCCACGUUCUCAUUGGAAUCUGAUUCAAGAGGAUCAUUUCCAAGAUCCCUGGAGGGUGUUAGUUAUUUGUAUGCUACUAAACCGCACGACUGGUUCACAGGCAAAAAAGAUUUUAAUAGAGUUUUUCAAGUUAUGUCCGAACGCUGAAUCUUGUAUGCAAGUACCAAGAGAGGAAAUUCAAGAGGUAAUAAGAACAUUAGGUCUUCAAGGGAAAAGAUCAGAAAUGUUGCAACGCCUUUCUCGCGAAUACUUGUCUGCGCCUUGGACCUAUGUAACUGAACUGCCCGGUGUCGGCAAGUAUGCGGCGGAUGCAUAUGCUAUAUUUUGUACAGGCAAGUGGGAUGAAGUUGUACCAGAAGAUCACAUGCUCAACAAAUAUUGGGAUUUCCUUCACACUAUAAAGCAUACAUUGUGAAUAUCAAAGAUUGCUGUAUUUAUCUACAACAUAUUGCCAAAUGAGGGGCAUAUAUAAAACUAUCUAUUAUGGUGAUUAGUUUUUUUUUUUAUAGAAAUGCCAAUAUUAUUUUUAAAUAGUUAUUAUUGCCGUUACGCUGUAGGCGCCGGUAUCUAGGACUUUUAUAAUGAGAGUAAAUUUUACUUAUCGAUUAAAUCAUAAAAGACAGAUUAUAACCAAAUAUUGUAUGAAUUUUUUAAGUGUUAUGUGACAUUUAAUUAAUUUUUAAUCA